AUGAGUUGCCGGUCUAGGUCAAUUUGCGAAUCGGCCUUACAGUUCGCAGGUGAGAAUACUCCCUGGAUGAUAUUGAGGAUUAGCCUAUUGGUUGUCAUUACUGUUGCAAAAUCACUAUAUCCAAGAAGUUCUUCCUCAGAACAAGUCUCAGGUGAGGAAGACUUGUCAUGCUGUGUUGUCCGCGCCUUUCAGCUCCUUUUUAAUACUUUGUCAAGUGAAUCCGACGAUGUCGUCUUUCUUGUCCGAGUUGCAAAACUACUAACCUUUUCAAAGGUACAGUUCACGUCAGAAAUGGUUUCUGAGCUUUCUCCCUCGGAUGUACCUGUGACCACUAAGCAUAGCCUGAAGGACGCUGUCGGAUCAAAAAACGCACAGAAUAGGGCAUAA